AUCAAAGGAAUAAUAAUUUUGCUGAUGGUUCAACUCGCUAAUUGGAUUUGUAUUGUAGGGUCACCUACAGUGACACACCAUGUCACGCGUAUCACCAAGGAAUGACGGGGACAUUUCCCCCAGGGGAGAUGAAACUACCCGAACUUUGCUCGUACGACCCGCGUCUUCCCAUGGAGAUCCGAUUUCCUCUAUAAAUCCGAACGAUCCGGUCCCAGAUAAACCGGUAUACAGACCAGAUACACUGCCACCUAUCGAAUUGCCAGAUGACCGGGUUUUUACCAAGAGAUCUCCAAGGGGAAUCUUUACCGUCUCAGGUGAAACGUCAUCUACCAUACACGAUAUAGAAAGGCCAUCUUCGUCUGCUGAUAUUUAUCCUGUUCCGGAGACUAUUUCUAGUCGGGGGAACACAGGCACCGAUAUUAACCCAGUCGAUGUCCCCGAUUCAAAAGGGACGAGGAACUGGUCAAAAGGAAAGAUUGUUGCGAUCGUGAUUGGUAUUACGUUGGCAGUUGUAGCAAUCUGCGGAGUGAUCGCCGGGGUCGUUGUCGUUGUCAGCAGUGGCGAAGAAACGGCGACUGUUUCCCCUACAGACCCCGUAUUUAUUGAAGAGGUUGUGGUGUCAAGUAUAAACGUCUCUGGAUCAAUGUCAUUUGGUGAUAAAGUCUUUACGGAAGCUUACAAUGACUCAUCGUCGGAGCAAUAUCAAGAAUUAGAAACCAACUUUACCGUUGUAAUGGAUGCAGUAUUUUUGAGUGGAGAGUAUGCUGACGUUUAUAAUGGCACAUAUGUCACUGGUUUUAGCUCUGGGAGUAUUAUCGUCAACUUUUACGUGGUACUGUUAGAUAUCCAAGAUUUAAUCGAAGAUACUCAAACAGAUUCCGGCAGCACAAAUGAGGAAGUCGACUCUUCCAUAGCCCUCAUAGCACAGAUUGAAACGACAGCUCUUCAAAUUGUGAAUACGGUUUUGGAAGAAGCCACCGAAGAGAAUUCAACGAGUGUCUUGGUAGCCAUUGGAAUAACUGUUGGUUCGGCAACAGUAUUAGAAGUUUCCGUUGAUAUUGAAAUAAUAACUGUAGCGCCACCGGCUAGCACACCGACCGCUGCUACAACAACAUCGACCACCAAAUUACCAACGACCACUGCAACAACCACUGUAACCACCACUGAAACGACCGCUGCAACAACUACCCUGUCGACGUCAACUGCGGCACCAACCACUUCGGCUGUGACCACAGGCAGUCAAACGACCACAUCUGCAGAAGCUGAAGUAACAACGUUAUCUGAUAAUGCGACGUGUGACUUCAAGUGUGGAGAUGGUAAAUGUAUUGUGUCUGAUAACAUUUGCAACGGGGAAAAUGAUUGCUCGGAUUUCUCUGACGAAGAUCUAUGUCCUCAAUGUAGUGAUGUCCGUUUCCCUCGGUGCGGAGAAGUUCUUUCUUACAAUCGGACUUACUUCCCAAACCCAUCAGCCCAAGACCUUGAUACUGCAAUCAGUUUGAUUGAAGAAACAACCAUCAUGGUAGAAUGUCAUGAAGACUUUCUGCUUCUCUUCUGUGGUAUGCUUUUUGCUGACUGUCCACAUGGCGGUCCUUCUCGACGCCCUUGCAGGAGUCUAUGUGAAGAAGUUACAGAUGCAUGUCGAGACUCCUUCCAAGCAACAAUGAAUGCAGAAUGGCCGAUAAAUUGUCAACUACUAAGCAACGACGACAAUCUGGAUGAAUCCUAUUGCGCUGGUGGAGAAGGUGAUCUCACAGGAGAAUCAAUGUGCGGUACCCGUCCCGCUGUAGAUGACUAUCAGUCUAGGAUAGUGGGAGGAGUCAAUGCUGAUCUAGGGGAUUUCCCAUGGAUCGCUUCUGUUCGGAUGGGAGGUUACUUCUGUGGUGGAACUCUGAUCAGCAAUCAAUGGGUCUUGACUGCAGCCCACUGCGCAGAUGACGAGGAAGGUAGUGGAGAUGGUAUCGAACCUAGUGACUUCAGCAUUACUCUUGGGAUCCGUAACCUUUUGGAAGAUCCCGAGUCCAAAAUGGAGCGACAUGUUGACCAAGUGAUUGUCCACCCCAACUACGGUGCUUUCAAUGGAAUAGCAAAUGAUAUCGCACUACUUCAUCUAUCCGAACCUGUAGAAUUCACUGAAUAUGUGAGACCAGCUUGUUUAGCUACUAUACAAAACGAGACGAUGGCGUACAGUCGAUGUUGGAUCGCAGGAUGGGGAAGCAUGCACUCAGAAGGUUCCCUUUCCAACGAUCUUCAGAAAGCAUUUGUUAACCUCAUUGAACAUGAUGUAUGUGCUGACCUAUAUAGUCAAUACAACAUUGUCGAAGAAGCAGAGAUCUGUGCAGGCUAUAUUCAAGGCGGAGUUGAUUCUUGUCAGGGUGACAGUGGAGGCCCACUAUCUUGUGAGGGUUCUGAUGGUCGCUGGCAUCUGGUAGGAUCUACGAGUUGGGGUGUCGGGUGUGCUGAGCCAAAUUACCCUGGGGUUUAUGCCAGGAUUUCACAAUACACUCGGUGGAUUCAGGAUACCACGGGAUCUGUUGGUGUGGCAAACGGCAGUGAAGUUAGUACUGUUGAACACGGUGAAUCAUUAACCAUCGUUUCUCCAAACUAUCCUGGAUACUAUCCCAACGACGCGAAUAUGCAGUGGCUUGUUGCAGGACCGAACGACUAUCAGAUCGUGGCAAGUUUUCAGGCCUUUCAUCUGGAAGCCAGAUAUGACUUCCUCAUAAUCGGUUCGGGUUUGGAUCCGGAGAUUACGUCGUCGCAGUUAGCCAAGCUGUCUGGUGACGAAUUGCCCGAUGACGUUGUAUCCCGUAACAAUGAGAUGUGGGUCGUAUUCACCUCUGAUUACUCGGAAACAAGGACAGGAUUUUGGAUGGAGAUCAAGGUGUUCAAAAGAGAUUAA